AUGUCAGAGGAAGCCGAAUCAACACCGCCAAUUACGAACCCCUUGGCCGGUAUCCCUCGUGAAAGUCUCCUGGACCAGGCAACUAGAUUUUCCGAAUGGCACGGUUUAGAUGAAUACGUCCCGCUCAUGCGCAAAGGCGCACUUGUUGCCCAGAGUCCCACCGCUUUUGAGGAUAUCCAGGGGUCAGAAGCACUUGAUAAAGAAGAACUAGUUGCUCUGAGAAACGAAGUAGAGCACAAGUGGAGGGUCCCUCGGCUUCUUUACUUGACAAUCAUCACUUGCUCCAUUGGGGCAGCUGUUCAAGGAUGGGAUCAAGAGGGUAGCAACGGGGCUAACUUAUCAUUCCCGGCCCAAUUUGGUAUUGGAGGAGAGACUGACCAUGAUGUCUUCUUGGUAGGCCUCAUCAACUCGGCUCCUUACAUCGGAUCAGCUCUUAUCGGAUGCUGGCUUUCAGAUCCAUUGAAUUGUUACUUUGGCCGACGAGGAACUAUCUUCAUUUCCGCGAUAUUCUGCUUGCUCACCCCUAUCGGCGGAGCUUUAACCCAGAACUGGCAACAGCUCUUGGUUACUAGAAUACUACUCGGCGUCGGUAUGGGCAUCAAAGCCUCGACCGUACCCAUCUUCGCCGCCGAGAACAGCCCGGCGUCUAUCCGCGGCGCUCUGGUAAUGUCCUGGCAAUUAUGGACGGCAUUUGGUAUCCUCCUCGGGUGCUCUGCCAAUAUAGCGGUUGGCCAAGUUGGUAGAAUUUCCUGGAGACUCCAGGUUGGUUCGGCCUUCAUUCCAGCGAAAGGACGAUAUCGAGAUGCGAUGGAGUCGCUUUUGAGACUCCGCAACAACCCCAUACAAGCUGCUCGUGAUCUUUACGCCAUCCAAGCCCAAGUGGAGAUUGAAGAUGAAGCCAUUGGUGAUUCUACAUACGCCAAACGACUCAUUCAGCUCUUCACGAUCCCUCGUGUCAGGAGAGCAACACUGGCGUCUUUCGUAGUCAUGGUGGGUCAACAGAUGUGCGGCAUCAAUCUCAUAGCAUUAUACUCUUCUACUGUGUUCAAAGAAGCGGGAACUUCCGACUUCAAUGCGCUCCUUGCGUCGUGGGGAUUUGGCCUGGUCAACUUCGUCUUUGCGUGGCCAGCUAUUUGGACUAUCGACACAUUCGGCCGUCGUUCGCUGCUCCUGUUUACCUUUCCCAACAUGGCUUGGUCCUUACUAGCUGCCGGUCUUUGCACGCUGAUCCCCAAGGGCGACGGGGCUCGCGUGGGUCUGGUAGCGCUAUUCGUCUACAUCUUCGCCAUAUUUUAUUCGCCCGGCGAGGGUCCCGUGCCCUAUACGUAUAGUGCUGAAGUCUUUCCACUCUCGCACCGCGAGGUUGGGAUGUCGUGGGCUGUAGCGACUUGCCUCUUCUGGGCUGCUGUACUGUCAAUCACAUUCCCAAAAAUCCUUGCAGCGACAGGCGUUCUUGGUGCAUUCUGCCUCUACGCGGGAUUCAACGUCACGGCAUUCGUCAUGAUCUUCCUGUGGAUGCCGGAGACGAAGCAGCGCACUCUCGAAGAGCUUGAUUACAUAUUUGCCGUACCUACAAGCGUAUUCAUCAAGUACAACUCCACUAAGGUAGUGCCAUGGUGGUUUAGGCGCUACGUCCUACGAAAGGCUGGCGCUGCCCUCGAACCGCUUUAUCAUUUCGACGGACCUGACAGUGACGAGACUGUUUCUGGCUCGCCGAGUAUUGUAGUGGAAGAUUAUUCAGCGGACGCCACUGAUACGGGGGCUACAGCCGAGAGAGAAGCUGCCGCUAUCCGUCGUUCUUCUUGGCAUGGUAUCGGUACUCAUAAACACCCCGCCUCCGAAGAUAAAGAUCUCAUUUAA